AUGAGGAGCGCCGCCAUAUGGCUUCUUCUGCUUCCGCAGGCUGCCAAUGUUCUGGGAACGAACGCGCAAUACUACAAAGACACCCAUGGAGACGGUACGGCUAGAAGAGAACCGAAGAAUCAUGGGCUGGGCCCCAAAGCGGAUGUUGGCACAGAGCAUGUUCCACCAGUAGUCCGACAAGCAGGAGCUGAAUUUGUCGAUGCCGCACUUUCCCAGCUCCAGAAGGCAUCGCGAUCAUCACCACACCGAAGACAGCAGCCGUCCGGUAUCGUCGGGACAGUCCUUCGAUACAUACUUAAUACCAUCCCGACUGGACCCGCGACUGCUCCCUCGCAAGACCAGCAACAUCAACCAAAGUCUACCGCAAAUGGUCCCCUCGCUAAGGCUGUUGAUUUGCUAGAAAAGGCAGCCCGUCAGAACAAUUCUGAUGCUCAAUAUCUAUUAGCAGAACUCAACUUUUUCGGCAACUAUAGUUACACGAGGGACCUUCAUGCCGCAUAUAAUUAUUAUAAUGAUCUAGCCAGUUCCCAUGGCAAUACGACUGCACAGUACAUGCUGGGUCUGUUUCAUUCAACAGGAAUUGGCAAUGUUGUCCCGCGAGAUCAAGCCAAGGCUUUACUGUAUUACACGUUUGCAGCAAUCCGAGGUGACGCUCGAGCUGAGAUGGCCACUGCCUUCAGACACCACAUUGGAAUAGGCGCUUCUAAGAGUUGCGAAGUAGCAGUCAAAUACUACAAGCGAGUGGCGGACAAGGCCAUUCAAUGGCACCGAUCUGGCCCCCCUGGCGGCGUAACCUGGAUCUACCAAGGAUGGCGCAUUGCAGACGAUGACGGUGGUGUUUACGGAGAGGGUGCUAGUGCAGCUAGCUCAGGAAUGAAUGCACGGAAAAUCAGCGUGCACUCGGAUGCAAAUGCCGCCAUCAGUGAUGUCAUUGAGUAUUUAGACCUUAUGUCGCAAAAGGGCGAUAUCAAGGCCUCCCUGAACCUCGGCAGGAUAUUCUACGACGGACAGAGAGGCCUCGAGCACGACUUUGAUCUGGCAAAGAAAUAUUUCUUUCUGGUUGCUUCUAGAUACUGGAAGAGAGACGGCAGGCUUGUUGACAACGUCAAACCUGGAGCUGACAAAGUCGCUGCAAAAGCCGCUGGGUUUAUUGGCCGCAUGUACCUGCGGGGGGAUGGCCUGCCACAAAAUUUCGAGCGAGCCAAGGUCUGGUUUGAGCGAGGAGCCAAACUGAAGGACGCGCAGUCACAAUAUGGCAUCGGAUUAAUGCUCCUGAACGGCUUGGGUGGAAAGGAGGAUAUUAAAAGAGCCUCAGAGCUAUUCCAGCUUGCAGCAGCAGCAGACUAUGCGCCGGCUCAGGUCGAGAUUGGGCGUCUUUACUUGGAUCAAGGUGAAGCUGAAGAUCUUCGAGUGGCGAACAAUUUUUUUGAACUUGCUGCUAGAUAUGGCAACAUUGAAGCACAUUACUAUCUCGCAGAGAUGAUUUAUCACGGGGUGGGACGCGAGAGAACCUGCAACAUGGCCUUGGGUUACUACAAACAUGUAGCGGAGAAGGCUGAGCCUCUAGUCUCAUCCUGGGCAGAUGCAAAUGACGCUUAUGAUUCCGGAGACUACGAGGUUGCCUUCUUGGAGUACCUCAUGGCAGCAGAGCAAGGCUAUGAGCGAGCACAGAACAACGUCGCUUACAUGCUGGACAUGAUUGAGUCCAAGAAGAGAUCGUCAAGGUGGCUGGGCAAAACGCAGACAGAGGGUACUGUCUUGGACAACCCCAGCCUAGCUCUGAUCCACUGGACUCGAUCGUCAAGACAAUCCAACAUCGAUUCACUGGUGAAGAUGGGUGACUACUACUUCUAUGGUAUCGGGACUGAAGUAGAUGUUGGCAAAGCCGUGCAAUGUUACACGGGAGCCUCGGAGUAUUCGCAAAGCGCUCAAGCCCUAUUUAAUCUCGGAUGGAUGCACGAGAAUGGUAUCGGCCUGGAACAAGACUUCCACUUGGCAAAGCGGUACUAUGAUCAGGCCCUGGAGGUGAAUGAAGAGGCAUAUCUGCCGGUAACCAUGAGCCUUCUCAAACUUCGAAUCCGGAGCGCCUGGAACACCAUUACUCACGGCGAGGUUCAUUCUAUCCAAGACGAGCCCAGUAAAAGCAAAGACUGGUCACUGGCGGAGUGGAUUGCCAACUUCAUGAAAGACGACCCAUACUACGACGAGGACUCACUCUAUGGGGAUUACAUGGAUGAUGACACCUUGGACGUCGGGGACGAAGAUUACCUAGAUGCUGGCGGCAUCGUCGAGAGCCUUCUCAUCAUCGGGGUAACUUUAUCCUUGGUACUGCUCUUGUGGUAUCGGCAGAGAAUGCAACAGGCUCACGCACAAGCCGAAGAGGCAAGGCGGCAAGAUCAGAACCAGAACCAGAACCAGAAUCAACAGCCGCAGCCGCAGCCACCAAUGCCAGGAGCGCCUGGUAACCUGGCGAACCCGUUUGAUGGGUUUGGCGGGUGGGCUGCCGGAGGGAUGGGAUUAUAA